AUGACGUCGGUCAUAUCCUUCUUCUGUCACUACAUCGGCAACUUCUUCCAGUGGAUUUUGUUGACAGAGGAGGAGGAGGACAAGAGCAUCGGCACGGUGUCCGCUAUACUGUUCUACAUACUGGCACUGCAGACCGGUCUGACAUCGCUGAACCCGGAGAAGAGAUUCGUCCGCCUGUGCCGGAACUUCUGCCUGCUGUUCACAGCCCUACUCCACUUCUUGCACAACAUCGUCAACCCGAUGCUGAUGUCGCUCAGCGCCUCGCACAACCCCAGCACCCAUAGGCACGUGCGCGCGCUCGGCGUGUGCGCUUUCCUCAUCAUAUUCCCCAUCUCGUUGCUCGUCUACCUCUGGUCGCAGCACUCGAUAUCCACCUGGCUCCUGGCGGUCAGCGCGUUCAGCAUCGAGGUGAUCGUGAAGGUGGUAGUGAGCCUGAUGAUCUACUCGCUGUUCCUCAUCGACGCGUGCCGCACCACCUUCUGGGAGCAGCUCGACGACUACGUGUACUACAUACGCGCCUUCGGCAACACUAUCGAGUUCUGCUUCGGCAUAUUCCUCUUCUUCAACGGCGCGUGGAUACUGCUCUUCGAGUCGGGCGGCGCGAUCAGGGCGGUGAUGAUGUGCAUACACGCUUACUUCAACAUCUGGUGCGAGGCGCGCGCCGGCUGGUCCGUCUUCAUGAAGAGGCGCACCGCCGUCAACAAGAUCAACUCGCUGCGGGAGGCGUCCGCCGACCAGCUCGACCGUUUGGACGACGUGUGCGCGAUAUGCUACCAGGAGAUGCACUCGGCGAAGAUCACCCGCUGCAACCACUACUUCCACGGCGUGUGCCUCAGGAAGUGGCUGUACGUGCAGGACCGCUGCCCGCUCUGCCACGACAUACUGUACAGGAUCGACAGCGACCCGGGCAAGGACAACAACUCGGAGGCGGGCAACGAGGAGAACAGCAACAACCAGAACCUGCUCCUGGAGGAGGAACCGGACCUGCUGCUCGGCGAUGACGUCAGG